AUGUCUCUUCCUCUCAUUCGCGAACAGAAGCGAACGGCGCCGCCGGUAUCUUCAUCACCUCGCGUUGCUCCGUCUUCAUCCACCGUGCAACCGAUUAUCUCCCUCUUACCGAUCCAAAUCUCACUCGCCUCCGUCACGUUUCGUUCUCAUCUCUCUUGCGAUUCCGGAUUCAGCGCAACACUAAAUCGAUCGGUGAAACACGUAGGCUUACUUGCAAUGAUCCGAAAAAUGAAGAAGAGAAAACCAAAGAGGAGGUUCCACAGAGGGUUGGUCGUUGAUGACGAAGGCUACGAUGAAGAUGAUGUAGAACGACGAAGAGAGGUGAAGACUGAAGAUUUUUCUGGUGAGUUCUUUUGCAGUUCUUCUCUGAGAUUUUCUAUGAAUAAUCGUUUGGUUGAUAUCAAGGCUAUUGGGAAGCAAAGGCAAAAGGAAAACACCAAGAUGAUAUGA